AUGGCACCAACUUUACAUAGAGAGACUAUAUUCGAAAAUGGUGGUAAGACUUUGAUUUCAAUAGAACAAACAAAUUUUAACAUACUUUAUGCAUCUAAUAAAAAUUCUUUAACCAAGAUCUUACAGGUCGACCAUCCUGAAAUCGAACCGGAUUUCAUGGACACCCUGUCUAAUCUAACCGCUUUGAAAUCUGUUUCCGAUAGCACGUUCAUAAUGACUAAUCUUAAUGGUGAUGCCUGGCUCUACAACUACAAGGAUAACACUUCCAAAAUGUUACUCAGAACUGCACUACCUUUGCGCGAUUGUGAUUUGAUCUAUUCCGGUACCACAGCAAUCUUUUCAGGCGACGACUUGGAGUUGAACCUAGUUGACUUAACUGAUGGCAAUAAGUUACAGAGUUUGGCUGUCACCGAUCAGGUACAUCAAUUGUCCUACAAUUUGAGGACAAAUAUGUUGGCUGUAUCACUAAUUAAUGGUGAGAUCCAUUUUUUUUCUUUGACCUCCACUAAACCCAAUCAAGUGAAGGUAUUGAAUGGUUAUAUCCCAAAGGUUAGUUAUAAAGAUAAUCUAGGGGUCUAUGGUGGUUCUACAACUACUACUACCUCACAACAGGAUACAAACGCAAAUGACGACGAGUCAAAGGUUGAUGAUGAUGAGUUUUGUCCGGAGAACAGGAUCUCUACUCGUGUUGCUUGGUCCCCAUCAGGUCAUAAUUUCGCUGUCCCAUGUCUUGACAUGACAGUCAAAGUGUUUAGUCUAAAAGAUUACAAAGUGUUAAAAACUCUAAACUUGAAUCAACCUGUUUCAAAUUUAAUUGAUUUGAAAUUCGAUCCUUACAACGGUCAAUUUCUUGCAUCUAUCGAUUUGAAGAACUAUUUGACUGUUUGGGACUGGAAAUCUGGCGAGAUUGUAUAUGAGAAAUCCCUGCAUGUUCCAGUGACUAACAUGCUUUGGAGAGUGGACACUACUUUAGAGGAUAAAUCACAGAAACAUUUGCAUUUGAUUAUUGGAACUUGGAAGGGUUCAUUGAUUACUAUACAAAAAGUAGCCGAAAUCGCAGUGAAUCGUGAAUUCUCAAAUCUUGGACUGGAGAAUUCUAAAUCAACAAAGAAAACUUACAAUGGAUUAUUUGUGGAUUCUGAAAAUUCAGAUAUGGAAGGAUUGAUGACCAGUGACUAUAAUGAUGAAGAGAAAGAUGACAGAAUGGUACUGGAUGAUAUGGCUCAAGAAGGGGAAAGAGAAGAUGAUGAAGGUAUGAGGAAUUCAGACUCUGAGGUUGAAUUCCCUGAGGGACAUAGCCCCUCAACAAAGAAAAGAAAAUUGUAUGAUGAUGACAAUUAUCGUGCCAUUGAUAACCUUGAUGCUAAUGAAGAUAAUUUUAUUGAAGAUGAUGACGGUGCAGGUUAUGUAGAACAAAGUUAUAACAAAACAUCAUCGUCAACCCGUUAUUCAAAAUCAAAUAAACGAUAUAAUUUACCAAUUUUACCAACUAUGAAUUCAAAGGCUUUUAAAUAUAGACCAAUAUCACCUGGUGGAACUCCAUUCGGAACAGGUGAAAGAAGAUAUUUGACUAUGAAUACAAUAGGUUAUGUGAACACUGUUUGUAAUAACGAACAAUAUAGUGUUACUGUUUCAUUUUUUGAUACUGGUAGAUUCAAUGAAUAUCAUUUUGAAGACCUCUUUGGGUUUGAUGUGUGUUAUUUAAACGAUAAAGGUGUACUUUUUGCUCAAUCUAAGACAGGCCAAAUACAGUAUAGACCUCAUGUCACAGUCAACCGUAAUUGGACAAAGAUAAUUCCUCUUAACAAAAAUGAAAUCAUUACAACUAUCGCGGCUACUCCAAAGAGAGUUAUUGUAGGUACUUCAUUUGGUUAUGUUCGAACCUUUAAUCAGUUUGGGAUUCCAUUAUCUGUUGAAAAGAUGUCACCUGUUGUCGCUUUGACUGCAUAUGAAUAUAGAGUCUUUUUGGUUCAUUUUUCCAAAUACCAUGGUGUGUCAUUUUCAUUGUAUGAACAGUCACCAGAAAGGACAGUAUAUUUCCAUAGGGAGUCCUCACUACCCAUCCCAUUACCUCAAACUGCCAUAUCGGCAAAUGCAGAAUACGUACAUUUGAACUUUGACAGUUUCAAUCCAAUGGGGAUAAAAAGUUUAUUUUUCUCUGAAUAUGGUGAUCCCUGUAUAUUUGGAAAGGAUGAUGUUUUAUUAAUUUUGAAUAAGUGGAGACGGCCAAAAGAGAGUAGAUGGGUCCCAAUUUUAGAUUCUAAUAUGGAAAUCUGGCGAAUGAGUGGAGGUAAAGAAUCACAUGAUAUUCAUGUAUGGCCUCUUGGGUUGACUACGACUGCCUUUUCAUGUAUAUUGGUUAAGGGCAAAAAUGUUUGGCCCAUAUUCCCUUUACCAUUGCCCACUGAUAUGGAAUUAAGAAUGCCUGUUUUAGUUAAAAAACAAUUAUGGGAGAAUCAUUUGGAAAAACAAAAAGAAAGAGAAUCUAAAAGAGAGCAAGAUGGAAUUGAUGCGGUGACAGAAAAUAAUGACGAUAAUAAUAUUGAACUACCUGUUGAAAUGCAAGCUGAAGAAGAAAGUGUUAGAAAUAGAGUAUUAACUGAACUAUUAACAGAGACCAUUGAGAAUGAGGGAGAAUUAUAUGGAAAUGAAAACAGUAUUGUAGCUUCAUUAAAUCUUGCAUAUGAUAAAGCCAUUUUGAAAUUAAUUGCAGUAGCAUGUUCUAAUCAAGAAACAGAAAAAGCAUUAUCAUUAGUGCAAGAAUUGAAACAAGAUGCGGCUUUGAAUGCAGCUGGUAAGAUUGCACAACGUGCUGAGAUGAUGACAUUGAUGAGAAAAAUAAAUGAAAUGAGAGAAGUUAGAUUCGAGCGUGAAAUGGGUAAUAUGUAA